GGUGCCUCGCAUGCUGCGACAAGGCUUCUGGGUUUACAGGAGUUCAAAGCUGCCAAGACUGUAAAAAUAAAUCCUGAUGCUCCCCAGAAGAACGCUCGCUUUCUAACGCUAGAAGCGAGGAAGACUUUGUUGGUUCCCAUGCCACGCCUGAGAACUGGACUGUUCAAUAAGAUUGUCCCACCUCUAGGUGCAACUAAAGAGAUCCUGCGAAUAUGUGCUACAUCUCAAGGUAUAAAAGAAUACAGUGUGCCUGUAGGUCUUGAAGGGAAAGCACAAGUGGACUUGGUUGUUGUAGGAUCAGUGGCUGUCUCUGAAAAAGGCUGGAGAAUUGGAAAAGGGGAAGGUUAUGCAGACAUGGAAUAUGCGAUGAUGGUGUCAAUGGGCGCAGUGCAGGAGGAUACACCUGUAGUUACUAUUGUGCAUGACUGUCAGGUGGUCGACAUAGCAGAAGAGCUUCUUGGUGAUCAUGAUUUAACUGUGGAUUAUAUACUCACUCCAACAAGAACUAUCAAGACUGAUUGCAAACGACCAAAGCCUCGGGGAAUAAUAUGGCAUAAGGUCACCUCUGAGAUGCUGGGAAAAAUCCCCAUCCUAAGGAGUCUUCGCUACAAGGAGAAGCGGGCUGGCAAGGAUGUUACCCUCCAAGAUGCACAUCCAGACUUGGCAAAUACCAAAAAACCAGCAGCAUUAAAUCAGAGGGCAAUGGCUGAAAAUACAAGACCGCAGGCUGCUAUGGGCUCAGCUGAAAUAGGAAAACACUGUGUUGAAGGUGAUUUUUUAAGUCCCAGAUUAGACGGAUCUGGCAGGAUUACUACUGUGUACCUGGGGAACAUAUCUCCCAGCGUAAGAGUGAGUGAGCUGAAAUGUGCUUUAAGGGAAUUCCAUGUAACUCCUUUACGUCUGAAUUGGCAAGGAGCACAGCACAGGGCUUUUCUUGAUUACAAGGAUAAACCAACUGCAGAGAGUGCUGUAUCUUCUUUGAAAGGCUUGAGCCUCGGGGGUUAUCCUUUGCGAGUUGAGCUGGCCAAGAAUCAGAGAAGCAAAGGGCAAGUAGAAAUCAAUAGUCAAAAAUGAAUAUGAAUAGAGGGGGGAAAAAAAAUAGGCAUUUUCAUUGUUUUGUGAGAAGCCAGUCUAAGUUUUCAAGGAUAUUAGUAUUUCCUCUGCUUUCUGCAGGCUAAACAACAAAGUGGAGACAGCCUUUCAAAUAAAUGAGGCAUACAUCUCA